GGGAUGCGAGUGAUUUGGGUCAAAACGAUGAGGAUGGAAACCAAGGCGCUCCUUGACGCGGACUCGGAACUCGUUCUUCUGACAUAGCAACCCUCCACUCAAGACAUGAUGGACAGAAGAAAGAUACCUCUCGUCUCUCUUUACCUCAUGACUCAAGUUCUGUUGAGCUCACAACAAGUCCUCAGAAUAGGCGGCAUCUUCGAGACGCGGGAGAGUGAGCUGGUGAGCAUGGACGAGCUGGCCUUCAAGUUCGCCGUCACCAGCAUCAACCGGAACCGGACGCUGAUGCCGAACACCACGCUGACCUACGACAUCCAGAGGAUCAACCUGUUUGACGGCUUCGAGGCGUCCAGGAGAGCCUGCGACCAGCUGGCCUUGGGCGUGGUGGCGCUGUUCGGCCCCUCCCACAGCUCCUCGGUGAGCGCCGUGCAGUCCAUCUGCAACGCGCUGGAGGUGCCCCACAUCCAGACCCGCUGGAAGCACCCGUCGGUGGACAACAAGGACACCUUCUUCAUCAACCUGUACCCCGAGUACAGCGCCAUCGCCCGGGCCAUCCUGGACGUGGUCACCUUCUUCAAGUGGAAGAAGCUCACCGUGGUCUACGAGGACAGCACCGGUCUGAUGCGCAUGCAGGAGCUGAUCAAGGCUCCCGCCAAGCUCAGCCUGAAGAUCAAGAUCCGUCAGCUGACCCCGGGCAACAUGGACGCCCGGCCGCUGCUCAAGGAGCUGAAGAAGGACAAGGAGUUCUUCGUCCUGUUCGACUGCUCCUACCGCAUGGCCGCCGAGCUCCUCAACCAGCUGUCCUCCAUGGGAAUGAUGACAGAGUACUAUCACUUCUUCUUCACAACCUUGGACCUGUUUGCUCUGGACCUGGAGCCGUACCGCUACAGCGGGGUCAACAUGACGGGCUUCAGGCUGCUGAACACAGACGACCCGCGCGUGGCCGCCACCAUGGACCAGUGGGCCCUGGACCGCCUGCAGGGGCCCAAGCAGGAGAGCGGGCUGAUGGACGGCGUGAUGACGACGGACGCGGCCCUGAUGUACGACGCGGUGUUCAUGGUUGCCGUGGCGUCACAGCGGGCGACCCAGAUGACGGUGAGCUCGCUGCAGUGUCACCGCCACAAGCCGUGGCGCUUCGGCCCCCGCUUCAUGAACCUGUUCAAGGAGGCCCAGUGGGAUGGCCUGACGGGGCGCAUCGUGCUCAACAAGACCGACGGCCUCCGCAGAGACUUUGAUCUGGACAUCAUCAGCCUGAAGGAGGACGGCACGCACAGGGGGCUUGUAUCGGUUGGAGCUCGCCUGAAUAAAAGGUGGAUCAAGAUCGCUGUGUGGAACUCCUAUCGGGGGCUGAACCUGACGGAGACCAACAAAGACAAGAUGAACAACGUGACGGAUUCCCUGGCCAACAGAACGCUCAUCGUCACCACAAUACUGGAGAACCCGUACGUGAUGCAAAAGAAGUCGGACAAGGAGCUGAGCGGCAACGACCGCUUCGAGGGCUACUGCCUGGACCUGCUGAAGGAGCUGUCCAACAUCCUGGGCUUCACCUACGAGGUCAAGCUGGUGACGGACGGGAAGUACGGCGCGCAGAACGACAAGGGCGAGUGGAACGGCAUGGUCCGCGAGCUCAUCGACCACAUAGCGGACCUGGCGGUGGCUCCCCUGACCAUCACCUACGUCCGGGAGAAGUCCAUCGACUUCUCCAAGCCCUUCAUGACGCUGGGCAUCAGCAUCCUGUACCGUAAGCCCAACGGCACCAACCCGGGGGUGUUCUCCUUCCUCAAUCCCCUGUCGCCGGACAUCUGGAUGUACGUGCUGCUGGCCUGCACCGGGGUCAGCUGUGUGCUGUUUGUCAUCGCCAGGUUCACUCCCUACGAGUGGUACAACCCCCACCCAUGCAACCCGUCCUCCACCCUGAUCGAGAACAACUUCACGCUGCUCAACAGCUUCUGGUUUGGCGUUGGGGCUCUCAUGCGACAAGGCUCGGAGCUCAUGCCCAAGGCUCUGUCCACGCGCAUCGUGGGGGGCAUCUGGUGGUUCUUCACCCUCAUCAUCAUCUCCUCCUACACGGCCAACCUGGCCGCCUUCCUCACCGUGGAGCGCAUGGACGCGCCCAUCGACUCAGCCGACGACCUGGCCAAGCAGACCAGGAUAGAGUACGGCGCGGUGAGGGACGGCUCAACCAUGACCUUCUUCAAGAAAUCAAAGAUCUCCACCUAUGAGAAGAUGUGGGCCUUCAUGAGCAGCAGGAAGAACACAGCGCUGGUGAAGAACAACCGCGAGGGCAUCACGCGCGUGCUCACCACUGACUACGCCAUGCUCAUGGAGUCCACCAGCAUCGAGUACAUCAGCCAGAGGAACUGCAACCUCACGCAGAUCGGAGGCCUCAUCGACUCCAAGGGCUACGGGGUGGGGACGCCCAUAGGUUCUCCUUACCGGGACAAGGUGACCAUAGCCAUCCUCCAGCUGCAGGAGGAGGGCAAGCUCCACAUGAUGAAGGAGAAGUGGUGGAGGGGCAACGGCUGUCCGGAGGAGGACAACAAGGAGGCCAACGCCCUGGGCGUGGAGAACAUCGGGGGCAUCUUCAUCGUGCUGGCGGCCGGGCUGGUGCUCUCCGUGUUCGUGGCCAUCGGGGAGUUCAUCUACAAGGCCCGCCGCAACGCCGACAUCGAGGAGUGCGAGUCUUUAACUGCCAUCAUGGAAGAGCUGGGUCUCAACCUGCUGAGCCAGGCCAAGGUGAAAAAGAAAUGGAACAGGAGGGGAGAGGCAAAUGUGGAGAAUUACACCCUUGGAUGUGUCUGA